GGCUGCAGCGGGCGAGCCACUAUAGCAGGGACAGCCUCACACACAGAGAGCGUAGCAUGAAGAUUGAGCUUGUGUGCGUGUGAGUUUGGAGGCCAUGCACGUGUACGACAUCGAGCGGCCGAGGCGAAAGCAGACCGAGCCUUUGAUUAAUAUGAAUGUGAUUGAGUGGCUUAAUCAAUGCGGCUGGGAUAGCGGUUGACGAACCAUCAACGAGCGUUGUACAAAUAGGAUGAUCGACCAGUUUGGUUGGUAAUUCUCUCUCACGGCAGCCAGUCAAGACGUUUGUCAGCAAGAGUCUUCUGGGACCACUGCAGAGAGCAAGCCGACUCUGUAUCCAACUCCAGCCACUUGCACUUGUCUCUGUGCAAAGGGCCAUGUCUGCAUCUGCUUCUGAGGGUGGGUCGUAUGACUAUGACCUCGUUGUUGUGGGCGGAGGGUCCGGAGGGCUCUCGUGCGCGCGGCAGGCGGCCAAGCUCGGAGCCAAGGUGGCGAUUCUGGACUUUGUCAAGCCGUCGCCGCAGGGCACGGCGUGGGGCCUGGGCGGGACGUGCGUGAACGUGGGGUGCAUUCCGAAGAAGCUCAUGCACACUGCGGCGCUGCUGAAGGGAGCAGCCGACGAUGCCAAGGCGUACGGGUGGUCUGUGCCUGACGGGCUUGAGCACUCGUGGGACACGCUUGUGGACGCGGUCGGCUCGCACAUCGGCUCGCUCAACUGGGGCUACCGGACGGCGCUCCGCGACGAGGGCAUCGAUUACAAGAACGAGCUCGGGUCGAUUGUGGACGCGCACACGGUCAAGGGCGUGUCGCGGAAGAAGGUGGAGACGCUGUACUCUGCCAAGUACAUUGUGAUUGCGGUGGGCGGGCGGCCGUACGUGCCUGAGGACGUGCCCGGCGCGCUGGAGCACGCCAUCACGUCUGACGACAUCUUCUGGCGGUUCGACCCGCCGGGCAAGACGCUCUGCGUGGGCGCGUCGUACGUGGCGCUCGAGAUCGCGGGCUUCCUCACCGGGCUCGGGUACGACACGACGGUGGCGGUGCGGUCGAUCCUGCUCCGCGGCUUUGACCAGGGCAUGGCCGAGAAGGUCGGCAAGUACAUGGAGCACGAGGGGACGACGUUCAAGCGGCCGGUGGUUGUUGACUCGAUUGCCAAGGACGAGGCGAGCGGCAAGCUCAAGGUUGUGCUCAAGUCGCGGACGGACGGGACGACCGAGGAGGAGGAGUACGACACGGUCCUGUUUGCGACCGGCCGCAAGGCUGACACGGCGAACCUCGGGCUGGAGAACGUCGGCAUUGUGCCCGACGCCAAGACCGGGAAGAUUGCGGUGGACGAGGCCGAGGCGACGUGCGUCGACUCGAUCUUUGCGCUCGGCGACGUCAUCGACCAGCUCGAGCUGACGCCGGUGGCUAUUGCCGCCGGCCGGCUGCUCGCCUCGCGGCUGUUUGACGGCAAGACGACGCUGAUGAACUACACCAACAUCCCGACUGCGGUCUUUACUCCGCUCGAGUACGGCGCCGUCGGCCUCUCGGAGGAGGACGCGGCCGCCGAGUACGGCAUCGACAACAUCGAGGUCUUCCACACCUAUCCGCAGGUUCUCGAGCACACCGUUCCGCACCGCGAGGAGAACCAGGUCUACGCCAAGCUCAUUGUGCGCAAGGCCGACGACGUGGUGAUCGGCGUCCAUUACGCCGGCCCCAACGCUGGCGAGGUCAUCCAGGGUCUCGGCAUCGCCGUCAUGGCCGGCGCCACUAAGGCUAUGUUUGAUGCCACCGUCGGCAUCCACCCGACCAUCGCCGAAGAGUUUACCUCGAUGGAGAUCACGCGAGCGUCUGGCAAGUCGGCGCUCCGCACAGGCUGCUGAGGUUAAGGGGGUUGCGUUCUGCAACCCCCGGCCGUCACAGGCCCUCCCACCGGCAACACGCACGGCCGAGCUAGCUUAUUAGCUCGUCCGUGUGCCAGAGACUCGCACCCCGGCCUCCUCCCCUUGACGCGCUCAUGACGAGCCGUGCCCUCAACCGAGCUUUUUCCCUCGGCGAGCACGCGCUCCGAGCUCACUACAGCCCCACACACCCACGCUUACUCCGGUCGACUGACCGCAGCGCGGGGGGCUGUCUGCGCCCAAGGCGAGGACCGGGCCUCGACCUCGCAUGUUGAGCCGCCUGGAGGGUCGUCCUUUCGGCCGACCCCAACCUCAUCACUCACAGAUUCCCCUCUUUUUGAAUGAAGGCAUACCAGCUGUGCA